AAGGAGCGAGCGUGUGCGCUUCGUGCUCCGACGCCAUGAUCGCAUGGCUAUUUGCUCCAUACACUUACCAACCUAGACCUUGAUCACUGACGCUAGUAGCAUGCGCCGGCGCGCGCGCCCUCGCUAUCCUGCCGCCUCAUCACCAAGUCUCGGUGUUGUGGAUGUGCACCACACUUCCAUUGCUCCUCCUCCUGCUGCUGCCGCUGCUGCACUGCACAUCUGGCACGCAUGCCUCUGCACCUCGCUGCCGCCGCCCCUUGCUGAAGCAAUCAUCCGCCAUCGUCCAGCACAACAACAAUAACGAAGCCGACCGCUGCCACUGCCGCCCGCCUGCCCUGCUCCCAUCACCACCGCGCGCCUGACGCUGUUGCUGCUCCUGCCGCCGCCGCCGGACCACGACACGACUGAACCUCACUUGGCCCACUGACGUGCAACCGUGCGGCACUGCCGUCUGGCCCUGCACUUCCACCUCCUGCUCUGAUUGUUCUUCUUCUCCGUCAUCCACUCGUCCACCACCUGGGCAGCUCCCAAUGACCACAUCGUAGCCACGGUCCCCGCUGCCCGCAAUUCACCUCACUCACCACCAGCAACUCCGUCUCCGCACCGACUCCAAUGUAUGUCGACACGGCGAUCCGCUUUCGAGACCCUUUCGUCUCCUCCAAAGACUGUCCGGCAUCACACAUUCACGCCUACGAUCGAUCACGGGACAGCUGGGCGUCACAAGCUCGAGCUCACGACCUCAAUCGGGCAUUGACUCCUCCGCCUGAGAUGAGUGGCGUGCAUUCUUCACGGCCCAUGAGCUUCCAGGCUGGGGAUUACAGCCAAAAUCACCUAGACCUCUCGCGGUCGAAGCCCGCAUAUCGAGCUCCAACGAAUUCGUACCAGGCUCCGGAAGCAUCAAUACCACAUGGCAAUGGACGAGCGUCUCCCCAACAGGGUCCCAUCGAACCAGCGAUUGACUCGUCCCAGCAAAGGCGAGGAUCACCAUACCACAAUGCCAUUGCCGCGAACUUCCAAAUACCACGGUCGGUGAAUGAUAGUGGGGGCAGUUUAUCAGAGCUUGCUGCACAGAUAACAUGCCUAUUUUGGUUCGAAUCCUCAGAACUCUUGCAGCAGGUCGAAGAAUCCCCAAUCGUCCUUGCCAACUCGAGAUCACUCACUGCCGAUGCUAAGCCGACAACUGGAUUUCGAAAAUGGGUUACCACGAUACUCUCGACUACGUGCGUUGCACAGAAUGUGGUCAUACUGGCAUUGCUGUUCAUCUAUCGACUGAAGAAACUGAAUCCUACAGUAAGGGGUAAGCCUGGCAGUGAGUACAGACUGCUCACUGUGGCCCUGAUGUUGGGGAACAAAUUUCUGGACGACAAUACGUAUACGAACAAGACGUGGGCUGAGGUAUCUGGCAUCAACGUCGCUGAGGUGCAUAUUAUGGAGGUCGAGUUCCUGAGCAACAUGAAGUACAAUCUCUUCACGUCUGAGCAGGACUGGGCUCAGUGGCAAUCCCUUCUGGGCAAGUUCGCCUCUUUCUUCGAUCACGCUACUCGACCAGUUCCAGUCAGGGCUCAAUUGGCACCAAUUCUACCUCCGGCGUCUUCGCUGCACUUGCCACCAGCGCUGCCUUCUCCUCCGGCUUCGAAUCAGGCGUCGCCUCCUUAUCACAAUGAUUCCGCACAGCAUGCAGCUCCAGCUGUAAAUGGUCAGCUAGGUCCAACACCAGCGCCAUCGCCAUUGGGAAACUUCGACGUGCGAGUCAUGCAGCAAGCAGGCGUGAAGCGUGCCCGUGAAGAGGGUGCAUCAGAACCACCAGCGAAGCGCCUUGCCAAUACCCGCAACUAUACAUCGCCCAACCGAUAUACGACUUUGCCCGCCCAGUCGAACCUUGGAGCACCCAUUCCGCGAUUGACUCUGCCCAGCCUGAACAUGCCAGGAUCGCAAGCGGCCAGUAGCGGUGGAUACUCUCAGAUCUCACAGAGCCAGCAACUCCCUCCUAUGAGCGUGCCAGCCAGGGCUAUGGCUAUGGUCUACCCAACGACAAGCAACCCGGCGCAUGCCUCUCAGCCACCGUCCUCAGCCGGAUCCUCUCAGCAGUACGUCUCUCAUUCCCAGCAGGCGUCGAGACACCACAGCCCACAACAUGAGGCCUCGGCUGCAGCAUCGCCAAAUGGCACUGCGCCUCAGCCUGCUACAACAUUGCACGCCCCUACACAAAUCUCGCCGAGCUAUUUCCUCCAACAGCGAGCAUCGCCAUAUCGGCCCGUACAUCACGUGUCCACGCUGCUGUACCCGCCACCAUCUGGUGCCACACAAGCCCGGCCGAACAAUAUCGAGCUCAACCAGAUGCAGUAUCAACCUCUUGGCAGAACUACCCAUCAUACAGGGCGCCUACCAUACGUCGGCCAAAAUCUUUGGCUCGAUGGCAACCAACCUCAGGAGAUGACCCCUGUCCAUCGCUGGCCCAACUUCCCGCAGCAACAAUCUCUGCCACCUCUGCAUUGAGCGGACUGGUUGCGUGAUGGAGGCCACGAUUACACGACCAUCUUCCUCAUGUACAUAUUUCACCACAGAUUUGAUGCGUUCGAGCGAAUACAUUUUGGGCGCUGGAGCCAAGCUUCCAACAGUUGAAGCGGAUUAGUGCACAGUGUUUUGGCAUUAAAAAUUGAAUGAGACAGCGCCAAUUGGCUGUCCUCACACAUCAUUUACGGGCGUUGAGCGCUAAACUGUAAUUUACAUAGAGAAACAGGCACGUCAGUCGUUGUCCUGGGUAGACACCAGAAGUUUAGGGAGAGCUCAUCACGACGAUACCCAAGUUCGCAGACUAUGAAUCUGCAACACGAAUCAAUGAAACGAAAAUUUCCAAAUCCGA